AUGAAGAAAGGAGGGGAAGCAGGAGAGUAUCACUCAAAGGAUUUCGAAUGGGAGUUUGUGAAGAAUUUGGUAGAGAAUGAUCCAUCUCUCUCCCACCAUCUCCACCACCAACAUCAAGUAGAUUCCGCAUCCUCCUCCUCCUCUGAUUCGAAGCCAUGGCAGGAUUUCCACUCCCGUCACUCCUCAGGAAAGUUUUUCAAGGAAAGAAGGUAUCUGUUGAAGGAAUUUCCUGAGUUAGUUUCCUGUGGCAAAAACUCUAAACUCUUGGAAGUCGGUUGCGGUAACGGGAGCACUGUGCUUCCCAUUCUACGUUGUAGCACGAACAUUACUGUAUAUGCUUGCGAUUGUAGCAGUGAGGCUCUUAUUAAGACUAAAGAGAACAUUAAUCGCGCUAUUUCUACAGUUGAUAAAUUCCAUUCUUUCUCUUGUGACUUUUCAACGUCUGCAUUCCCAAAUUGGGUGGCGUGUCAUCAUUGUCGACACAACCAACAUUGCUACCAUUCAGGAGAGAAUGAAGAUACUUCUUUCAAUGAACAUUGCAUCGGUGGGAUGGAUUUUGUCACUCUGAUUUUCACAUUGUCGGCAGUGCCUAAAAAAAGGAUGCCGAGAGCUAUCAAAGAAUGCUUUGCUGUGCUGAAACCUGGUGGUCUGCUCUUGUUUAGAGAUUACGGCUUAUAUGACAUGACUAUGCUGCGGUUUAAGCCAGAGAAAUGUAUUGGGUUUAGGGAAUAUGUUCGGUCAGACGGAACCCUUUCCUAUUUCUUCUGUCUCGACACUGUUAGGAAACUAUUUACAGAUGCCGGAUUCAUCGAGGUCGAGCUUGAAAAUUGUUGUGUCAAAGCAGUAAACCGGAAAAAGAAUAAGAACAUGUACAGAGUUUGGGUUCAUGGGAAGUUCCAAAAGCCUUUACCAAAAUAA